CCACUGUGCUGGCGCAGUCGCAGCAGAAACGUUCAUCGCGCAUCACCAGCUCGCGCAGCUUCGGCACCAAUGUCAAAGCGUCCGCCUCGAAUGGUGUUAAUUUCGAUUGCCCCGAAGAGUUUGGCUACUAUCCACAUCCAACCGAUUGCACACAGUACUACGUGUGUGUGUUUGGUGGCGCAUUGCUCGAGAGCUGCACCGGCGGUUUGAUGUACUCGCAUGAGCUACAAACCUGUGAUUGGCCACGAAAUGUGGGUUGCGAAGUUGUGGACAGCAGCGCAGCAGCCAUAGGCAGCACUGGCAGCGGUAGCACACGCUCGGGUAAGCAACAUUCACAGCAGCAACAACAGCAGCAGCAGCAGUCAAUUAACAGUCAGCAUGUGCCAAGUCGCAUACGGUUCGGUUCGGCCUUCAGCAGUGCGGCGGGGACUACACCGGCUCCCAAGGCGACAGUGCCACCACAGUAUCAUCGUCAGCCGCCGCAGGUCAUACAGGCGCAGGUGCAGUCGUUGCCACAGCAUGCGGGUACGGUGAUUGGAACGCGUGGACAGCCUAAGCCAUUCGAUACACAGGAGGAUAUUGCUAAGCUUUACGCCGACGCGCAUGAUUCACUGCCUCCCGUCGAAGAGGAGGAGAGCGACCGUCAGCAGCGCGUAUAUCGUGGCCAACCGAGCACCGUCAGCCAGGUGCAGCGCGAUCGUGACGGCAUCAUACAUCAGGCCAGCAUCAAUGCCAUACCGAAUCAUGGUAAAAUCGGUUCCUACACUUUUGGCUCCCAAUUUAGUCGAAACCACAUAGACCUCAACUUAAGCAACAACGAUCUUGAUAUCGAUAAUUUAGUUGAAGCAAACGAUUUGAGUAAUAUUGACUGGGAAGUGUAUGGAGUGUUGAACAGAGACUUGGGCAGCGAACAGAUGGCGCACAAACGCGUCAAACGGGACUUGAGUUAUCAAAACAAUGACAACACCAAAAUCGUAUACAACAUCGGUGAGAUUUUAAAGACUGAUAAAAACCCAAAGACAUUAGGCGAACCGCCCGCACUGGAGUAUAAUACUGGCGAAAUUUUAAAGACUGAGGCACACCAAAGGACGCUAGAAAGACCAAAGAUCGUUGCUUACCUAAAGGCUGACGAAAAACAACUGGAAACAUUGAAGGUUAUGACACCACUUGAGCACCUUGACGAAGUCAAAUACGCGCAAUCCAAAGUAGACAACAAACCCGAACAAGACUUUCCGCACAACGAAGACGCGACUGUCGAAAACUCAAGUGCGGAGCACGCACAAACAGUUUCGGAAUCUGAAGAAAAUAUGCAAGACUCUGUGAUGGAAAUUGUAACGAAGAUCUUAGAAGAACUAAGAGGCAGCGCAGAGCCUAUCGAGAAAAAUGGUGCCGAAAAGGAAUUGAUGCAAGCAAAUGGUACGUCCACUGAGGCCGCCACCAGCAGCAAACUCAUUAAUGAGGUCAACACUCACGGCGACAUCAAUGCAACCACUGUAAGUCAAAUACCUGAGUCAGCUGCAGAUCCUAUUUUGGAGACACUUAACAAUAUUGCUGCGCUACUCGAUAUGGACUACGAUACCGAUGCAAAUGACACGACAGCCGCGCAAUCGCGCCAACGUGGCACACGCCAAUUGCGUCAAUAUUUCAAUGGACGUGCGCGCUAUGAAAUACAAAAUGUGCCCGGCACACAUUAUCGCUCCCUUGAUGCUGGGCCCUAUCAACAGCAACAAUCGAGUUAUAGCUUUGGCCAAUACAAUCCAUAUUUAUCGCCACCCACAACCUCGGCCAACUACAACCAACUGAGUCCGGGGUAUCAAGUGUUUCCCCAGCAGCAGCAGCGUCUGCAGUCAUUUGGUGGCCAAAAGCAGAAAUUCAGCUAUAUGGCAGCAUUGAAUCCGCCACCGCCACCGCCUCCACAAGCAUUGAUUGAAGAUGACUUCCGCCCUAUGGCGGCGAAUUAUUAUCGCACCACCACCACGCUGCGCCCCUCAACUUCACCCAAGCGUCCGAAUCUCUUUAAUAAUCCCGAAUUGAUACCUUACAUUUUGCAGUCACUGCGCGAGUACCAGGAGCAGCGCAAGAAGUUGCAGCGAGAGAACUACCAAUACUUUCACUUAGAGAAUCAGUCAACAGCGGUUGCAGAUGGUAACGGUGGAGCGUUGCACACUACCACGGUGCCACAAACGUCAUACUACCAGACAACCAAGACGCCAUUUAAGAGCACAUCCAACUCCCAUUUCGCACAGUUCAGCACAAUGGGUGGCUUCUACAACAACCAGCCCAGUAGUCAGCAGCAAGCGGAGUUAAAUGAUUACAAGUCCACCGCAAAGUAUCCCUCCAAACUGGUCUCGCAAUACAGCAUAGUUGACAAUUAUAUACCCACUACGACUGAGGGAAACUAUUUCAAGUACAAUGUUUUGGCCAACCAAAAAAAUAAGAGCUACUACAGCACAAGUAAGCCCUCAAUUCACGAAAACGUGUUCCAAUCGGGUCCAACCGUGACCAGAUACACGACAACGCCACCACCCACGUCGAAUAUUGACAUAGUCUCAGCACCCAACUUAACACCUUUCUACCCCACAACGACAACUAAACUGCCAAAAUACAAUACAUUCUCGAGGUAUCCCUCCGAUACGCUUACGUUCGCAAACAACUCAGCACAAAUGCCGGAAUCCUAUCAGGUUUUCAGCAAGGUGCAUACCACAACUAUCUCACCGCAGUUGAAGCUCUCCAGACCCAACAGCUCAACACUUAGCAGCACGCACACACCUCAGGCCUCCCGUAAGCCCGCUUUGACUUUGCAAUUCAACAUGCCCGAGUUCGUUGCAAGUCUGCAAUCGUCCGAUUUGACUAAUAUGAAUCCGCAAGUGGUGAAUAUGAUCAAAUAUUUUAAGCAGCUAAAUACGCCACACGCAAGACGUAAGCCAGUCGGCACGAGUGUCAAAACAAAUCCGGGCACUAAUCCCGUGGAACCGUACGAAGAGCAGAUCGAAGCUACAACCGAGCAGAACCGGCAGCGACCAACGGUGGCGCCAACGAAGCGUCCGGUGAAGGGUUACGAAGACUUUCUGAAGAGCAUACCGAAUCAAGCGCACAGAUUCAAUGCACACAGUAUACAACAGGGUAAACCAUUUACAAGCACCACCAGCACGGCGGCACCCGAUUACUAUGAUGAAUACGAAGAAGAAGAGGAGCCGCUAGGUACCGACACCGAUGAUGACAUAAUGCCACCCUCGCAAAUGCCACCUUAUAUGCCUAUGUCGGAGACCAUGGCACCACCACGGCCACAAUUUAUGCCACCUACACCCACGACAGUGGUCGGCAACCAGCCCGCGAAAUCCAAUUUCCAGACGGGCUUCUUUGAGGCGACCACCACACGUGGCCCGUUUGCUAACGUGCAAUUCCAACAAUUCUAUCAAACAGCAACGAACAAUCAGGGUACGAAGCAAAAUAAUCAGAUACCCUCGUUCAUAAACUUCCCCAGCGACAUAUUCCAAGAGAUCAAGCAACGUCUGCCACCAAAACCGCAAUUGGGUUCGACUGCACCGACUUUGACAAAUAAUUUGAACAAUAUACGCAUGACGACCGUUAGGACGACAACGACGCAAACACCACAUACAACAUCAACAACUGCCGCGACAACCAGCACAAUGGCAGAAACAACAACAACAGCAACAACACAGCGCAUGCGCUACACGGUGCGUCCGAAUCGCCACCGCGGUCAAAGUAAGUGGCAAACCAGCGGCGGCAGCAACAAAGAGCUGAACAACGUUGUGCAGGGUACCAACAGCAACAAUAACGGCAGCAAAAGCAACAAAACUGAUUUUGGUACGCAAAGUUUUCGCAAGCGGCCCGCAGCCACGCCGGCGUCCUCAGCAUUGGGUUCGCUGCAAUUGAACGUUAACAUGCACUUGGACGCCGCGGACAAUGGACAAAGACCCGAAUCAUCAUCGCCAUCAUCACCACAAUCGCAACCGCCGGCCAGUCAUUAUGUACAGCAACAACGUCAGCCGACUGGCGUGAUUGUGGAGGCGAUACCAUCCAUACAAAAUCAAAAUCUCAAUCACAAUCAGAAUCAGAAUUUGCAAAAUCGUAAUUAUUAUAACACAUCGGCAUUAUUAAAUCAUGCGGGCUAUGAGUCACAAGCAAACAUACACCACCAACAUCAAUUGCAUCAACAGCAACAGGCUGAACAGCAACAGCAAAUUGCGUUGCAACAUCAACAGCAACAGCAGCAACAACAACAGCAGCAACAGCAACAAGCACCGCAACAAUCCAACCAGGAGCAAAGCUCCUAUGAACAAUAUUAUUCAGUUUAUGAUGAUGAUCUUGAUUUGUAUAGGGAUAUAGAAUAUCAGCAACAGCAGGAGCAACAGCAGCAACAGCAACAACAACAGCAGCCACAGCAACAAUAUCAGCCACAGCAGCCUUUGCGCCAACAACCCGUCCAACAAUCGACCUAUCGGCCAUUGGAGAUUCUGACAACACCAGCGCCUCAGGCACCCUUACGAGAGACUUAUAAGCAACAGGAGAAGCCUGCGUACAACGAUCAACAAUCAUUGAUUUAUAAUACAGACUACGACGAGGAUCUGAUUGCACAGAUCGAACAAGAUAAUGUGUAUGAUCAGCCAACACGUCCGCCAUUGCGUGAGCGCGUCACCAUUGAAACACUACCACCAUCAACAACGCCCCGCCCACUGCGACAGCCAGCAAUUGAUGACGCGCCCAUAUAUGAGUCCGCCUACGAGAAUAGCGCCGAACUAUAUGAUGAUGUGCCAUCGUAUGGUCUAAAUAACGAUCGUGCCCUAUACGAACAGCCCGCACGGUACACGACCUACGCACCCAAGCUGGUACCCACACAAGAUUUUGACGAAUAUAAUGUGGUCGGUUCGACACUCUACGAUCAGGAUGUUAAAAAAAUAUUCAAUCCCACUGCAACAAACUUUGUUGAACUACCAACGAGUAGAGGAGUCGCAAAACCGGCACGUGGUGGCGUUACCAAAGCCACUACAAACGCACAACGUCGAAACCCCACAACAACGACGACCACAACGACGACGACGACUUCUACGCCAAGGACAGUGGCGCGUACCACGGUGACACCACCUAGAAGCACCACACAAAUAGUGCGCACCACGCAGCCGGCUACAGCAACGAAAUCGAUAAGAUCUAAAACGCAUGCAAACAAAUACCAAAAGAACCAACGUUCACAAUUAAAUCCACAACAAAAUUCCGCAAUCAACCUGCCAAAUAUAUCUUCCCCUCCUCCGCCAAUACCUAGAACAACAACACUACCACCACCUAUAACCCGAACAACUACACAUUCAACCCAAUCGUUUCCUAGUCCACAAUACCUUGAUACACAGGACACACUUGUCGCGGUUGUUGUCAAGCCACACAGUCAAGCCCUACACGGCUCGAACACACAACAAACAAAACAUCCCUCAAAUACACAGAAUCCACCACAAGCUCAGUCGUCGCUGUUUAAUUUCCAAACGGAACCAGACAUUGAGACCAUCUCGGACGCCAGCCAGAAUGUGCGAGUGCAAACGGUUGCGCCCUUAAGGAGCGCUGGACGUCUCUUCGACUCCAGCUCGACAACGUCUUCGGCACUUAAUGGUCGAGCGAAAUUUCUGGCCGCAAUUGACAAAGUGGAAGAUUACGACGAGAGUGCGCGUAGCAACUCGGUGCGCGCGAUUACCGAAAAAGCCAUUGCGCAUGCAAAGUAUUCAGCUAAUGAGAAUUCUUAUGGGAGCGGUAAGCAUGUGGAAGAGUAUUUUGGUAAAACAUCGGAGGACAAGCCACGACAGCACCAGCGUUUUGAUGCAGAUAAUAAGAAGAGCCGAUUCCAGAGUUAUGUUGUAUCCGAUGUUGCGCCGCAGAGUUUCAAACCUGUGCCGACCGCUAAAUUGGUGGUAUCACCACCUGCUGAGCCCGAGCCUGUUUUAGAGCUGAUAAGUGGCGAUAAUUCUGCAUCCAGCACAACGCUGCGUUAUCCCACCAACAUCGUUUACGAGCCGAAGCCGUUCAAGUAUAAUCUGCAAACCGGUGCAAAUGGGUUCAGCUUGCGCGCGCAAAGCUCCGAUGAAACUGAAAAGCCCAUUUAUGAGCGCAAACCAAAUGUGGCUGUGCAGACACUUUCGACAACAAACCGUGCAGUCUUGACUCCAUCUACAAGCACCGCUGCUGUCAGUCUGGCAGUACAGAAAGUACCGUUUUCCGAUGCUUCUUACGAGGAUGAAAUUGUGCCAACAACAUAUGCGCCUCCACUACGUAGCGCGUGGCGCUUGGGUCGUACCAGUGCUCGACCUUUACAACAUAUUGUUUUGGAAACCGUUGUAGAGGACGAUCAUGUCUCGAGUUCGGGCAGCGAGCAAAGCGUAGUGACGACAUUAAAGGAAACCAGCACUGCGCGCCCAACGACAAGCAGCACCACUACCUCAACGACUACAACUCCACGUACCACCACUACUACUACCACAACGACUACAACUACAACCACAACUACGACUACAACUCCCGCACCCACAACGGCGUUUGUAGUCACCAGCACAGAACGCACGGCACAGAGUUACACACCACGCGCCCUCAACUUCAAAGACAACCUCAUUAAGACUACUGGCCUACCAGCGCAGCGCUUUGUCUCACCCUACAAAAGUCUAGAAACUAUACUGCAAGAAAAAGAUGAUCGCUAUGUGGGUUUCAAUGCACUACGCAGUACUGUUAAGCCGCGUUACACUUACCCAACAACUCCUUCCACAGUUACGCAUAGCACGAGUAAGCCUGUGCGUAGCUACUUCCUCAUCACCACGCCUCAGCGGAACCUGAGCGAUGCUAUUUUUGCUACAGCGUCGACAGGCACACGCAAUUUCAGUGUGAGCGAUACCAUACUCAACACCUUUUCGAACGUACCACUCAGAGCUGCAGUCUCAGCGCAAUCUACGACAAGUACAACAACGACGACCACCACUACUACCGAAGCGCCAACGACCGAGACUACAACCGAGAGCACAACACCGACUACGAUAUCCACAGUCAUCGUUACUGCACCCAUACGUGUGUCUCAAGCAGUUUCGAGCCAAAACAUAUUGAGAAAUCAAGCCUUAAGCGAUUAUGGUCCAAACAACUCAGAAACGCCACGUCCGCGCGGACGCUCGCGAUACUCAGCGGCAACAGUGAAUUCGGCCGACGAACCAACGACAUAUGCACCGAGAGUGCGUUACCCUGGUGCUAACGCAGCCAGUUAUGAAUCUGUUACGUCUUCGCCAAACGAAGCCACGCCCAAAAGGAGAAAGCUUCAACGCGCACGCAUCGUAGCCAUACAGGGACCACGCAAUACACUGGGUGCCACGCCACUCAAAUCUCGUGAAAAAUAUGAGAACUACAAGGCGGAGAAGCAAGAAAAACAGGCUUCGGUGUCCGCGUAUGGACAAACGCCGCAGAAAACAGUGAAUCGCAAGCCGAUUGAAAACGAAUCGGCUGUGGAUGAUGGUCCACGCGCCGAAGCUUUGGUGCGGCUGCCCAUCGAUACAAAGCAGGACAAUAGCAUUGAGUCAGCGGGCAGCGCUAGCUCAUCUUCAUCCACCGAACAACAGCAGGGCGAUGCAAACACUGAUCGUCCGCUGAAGUACUUGUUCUCGAACAAAUAUCGGCAACAAACAAAAGAUCGCACUUUGGCUGAGAGUCUGCAGAAUGCCGGUUAUAUAACAUCUAGCACUGGUCGCACGAAAUUCGAGUCGGCUGCGGUACUUGAACAACUGCAACUCUUUCUCGCAGGCGAUAGCGACGAAAGUAGCGCUCAACAAUUCGUGGAUGAUUUUUCAGAGCGUGAGAUCAAUGCUGCAGUGAAAGAGAUCAAAAAUCUGUACACUACGCCGCGAGCAAGAGCUACGACCACAACAUCUACGAGCACGACUACAACGACGACAACGACACGUAGACCACCGACCACAACGACAACGACAACACUGCGCCCGACUACCACUGCCAGCCCGCCUACUACAGUUUACCGCACAACAGGCGCUACACAUUCAACACCAACCACCGCCACUGCCACAACCACCACCACCACAAACCGUUCCUCCACACAAAGCACACACACACAAACGAAACUCCCAAGUCCUACACAAAGAUCCUCCACCGCCGAUGUCACCUCCUCCCCUGCCAACACGCCCUCCUCCCACUCAUCUGCCAGCAGCACACCAGCGAGCACUGCCAAGUCCUUGUUAACGCCCAUGCGUGCUUCAAGAGUCAAUAAUGCCAUCAAGUCGUCGAUUGCCGCUGCCGCUUACUCCGCUUCUUCGCCCUCCGCUUCCACCUCCGUCUCCGCCUCAACGAACUCUGCUUCUCAGGCGUCUUCUGCUGUGGGCUCCGCCAAGACGGCCAGAGGUAACAGUCUUAAGGCCAGUGCUUACGUCACGAAUGCCGGUGCAGCGGUCAAAUGUUCCGACACUACAUCGAAUGCCAAGUGCAACGAAAUUCCCUCGAGAACAAAUUCGAAUAACAAUCGUAAUCGUGGUAGCUCCACCUACACCGGCCAGGAUCGUGAUGCACCCACAGCAGUGACCAGCAAUCGUGGCACACAUCCACCUCGCACACGCCCCACAUUGAAGCCCUCAGGCACGAUCGUAUCGAAGGCACAGGAAUUUGUUGAUAUCUACAGAUACCCACCAACACGACCCGAACCGCUUUACCCGCAACCAGUACCAGACAAGACCGCAGCCAAAUGCCGCAAGGAUGUUUGUCUACUGCCCGAUUGCGCCUGCGGUGGCAAGGACAUACCCGGCGGUUUGAAUGUCAAUGAGGUGCCACAAAUGUUGUUGAUUACUUUCGAUGACGCGAUCAGCACUUUAAAUAUCGAUCUUUACGAGGAGCUCUUCAACAACCAGUCGCGCUUCAAUCCCAAUGGUUGUCCGUUGCGCGGCACCUUCUAUGUCUCGCACGAGUGGACCGAUUAUGGCAUGGUGCAGGAUCUCUAUGCGGAUGGACACGAGAUGGCUUCGCACACAGUCUCUCACAGCUUCGGCGAACAAUUUUCGCAGAAGAAAUGGACGCGUGAGAUUGCCGGUCAACGUGAAAUUCUCGCCGCUUACGGUGGUGUGAAACUCUCCGAUGUGCGUGGCAUGCGCGCUCCAUUCCUCUCAGUCGGUGGCAAUAAAAUGUACAAAAUGCUUUACGAUUCCAACUUCACCUACGAUUCGUCACUGCCGGUCUACGAAAAUCGCCCACCAUCAUGGCCCUACACUUUCGACUACAAAAUCUUCCACGACUGCAUGAUACCACCCUGUCCAACGCGCAGCUAUCCUGGUGUAUGGCAAGUGCCUAUGGUUAUGUGGCAAGACUUGAAUGGUGGCCGCUGUUCAAUGGGUGACGCGUGUUCGAACCCAAGCGAGUCGGAUGGUGUGUACAAGAUGAUCAUGAAGAACUUCGAAAGACACUACACGACAAACAGAGCUCCAUUUGGACUUUUCUACCACGCCGCCUGGUUCACACAGCCUCAUCACAAGGAAGGUUUCAUUAAAUUUUUGGACGCCAUCAAUCAAAUGCCCGACGUUUGGAUUGUAACCAAUUGGCAAAUGUUACAAUGGGUUCGCGAUCCCACACCCAUUUCGCGCAUCAAUUCCUUCCAGCCAUUCCAGUGUGACUACUCGGACCGUCCGAAGCGUUGCAACAAUCCCAAGGUUUGUAAUCUCUGGCACAAAUCCGGCGUACGGUACAUGAAGACAUGCCAACCCUGCCCCGACAUCUAUCCAUGGACCGGCAAAUCUGGUAUUCGUUCAUCGCGCAUCGACAACGAAAUUGAAGAUUCGACAGCGUAAAUUACAAAGUGUGUAUGUGGACAAUAGAUAAGUGGUAUAAGUGUAUGUGUGACUGUGGAAGGAGAAGUGUUAGCAGAGCGGAGCAAACUUAGCUGCCGUUGAUGCGCAAUUUGUAAAUACGCACAAGUAUCAAUGGGAGAAACGGCGAAUUACACACAUACAUACAUCUAUAGAUGCACAAAAUAUGCAAUUCACUCGUUAGCAAAGACAAGAUUAUCGAAAAACUAUCGAAAAACUAUUUAAAAAAUUAUGAAAAAAGAAAACACAAAAUUUGUUGAAACAAUGGCUGUAAGCUGUUAAAAAACUGGAAAUCAAACACUUUUUGUUUAUUUAAAUUUAUUUUGGUAUUUAUAAAAAAAAUAUUUAUUUUAUUUUAAUUUUUGACGAAAUUUUAGUAUUACAUUUUUGUUAGUUUUAAAAGUAACAAAAUGAAAGCAAACUGGCCACGCAUGCGCGCAAUACUAGUUGUAGAUUUUUUUCAUUGUAGGCUAAGCAAUUUUUUGCAGCUUUCUACGAAAUAAAUUACUAGAAAAUGUGAACACGAAAAUGCAGAAGGCUUUAAAAUAAAAAGUUUCAAAUGAAAAAAAUAAUUUUAAGAUUUUUUUUUUUGUAGCUUGUAAGCUCAGUAUGUACGUAGUAAUUUAGGCUAUUAUUAUGAUAUGUGAUAAAUGUUUGCUAUAAUUUUUGACGCCUGCGUGCGUGACAGCGAUAAGUUUUGAAGCGAGUGUAGGUACAAAGAUGCGAGAAUUCGAUUUGCUGACAAAAUACUUGCAUUUUUUUUGUAGUUUUGCUGCAUUUUUCUAAAUUUCUGCAUAAGAGGCAGAAGCAAAAGCUAAGCUGAUUUUAGAAUUUAUGGUUCAUAGAAAACUUUCCAGUCCGUCAAGAACUACUUUUGCGAGUCAAACUAAAUUUGUAAAUGAAUCCUUUUUUUUUGACAUUUCCAACCUAGCUUAAAUUUAUUGCAUACUUAUAGGGUGCGAAAUAAGCAACCAAUAGUAAGAGCAUUUAAGAGCCAAUGUUUUUAAGCGAGUUUCGCUGUGGUGAAUUUCUGCACUCUAUAAACCGUAUUCGCUUAAGCUUGAUUUAGUUGCAAAUCAGAGUUAAACUGGCGCUGAAAAACGCAACUUAAAAUCUCAGUGCUGCUUAUGGCUUACAAAACCCAUAUAAGUUGAAAAAAAAAAUGUUAUAAUGAAUUUUGUGUAGCAAAAUUUCUUAGUAUUUAUAUUUAGACAAUACUACGACCUCCUAAUCUUGGUUCAAGCCUAAAAAUAUAAUAAAAUAAAUAGUUAAUUUUUCAAAAAAAACAUAAAUUGGUAAAAAUAAAUAUUUUUAGAACUUGAUUCUAAUUUUUCGUUCAUAAUUUCAAUUUUCAAAAAAAGUAAAUUAGCUGAAAAUAAAUAUGUUUGGAUGUUUUAUGAUAUUUAAAUAUUUUCUGGCACAUGGGCGUUAUAACUUAUCACAGCAUUUCGAGAUUGAUUCAAAUAAAAAAAUUAAUAAAAAUAAAAAUUACAAUAAAACACCUGAUUCGCAAUGAAUUUAUGCCACUGUCCCGCGAUUUUUGUAUACAGAAAAUUUGAGUUUUCACGAUUUGAUAUUCACAAAUUUGAUUUUUGACAGCAUUUCGGGCUUGAUUCAAAUCAAAAAAGAAAAAAAAUUUCAAAUUCAACACUUUCUGCACUAUUUGUACCCUGAGUUUUCUAGUUUUCAAAACUAAGUGUGGAUAGCAAAUGCCCACAGAGUGUAUAAUAAUCAGGAUUGGGCAUAGGGCACUAAAUAAUCAAUGCAAUAAGCGGAUAGUUAAAACACUGCAGAUUUACUGCUACUCAAACUCUUAUUUUAACUACCACUAAAAACUAAAAAGUUAGUGGUAGUUCAAUUUAGUGGCAGUGCUAAAUGCUCAACCCUGAUAAUAAUACAUUUAUUUUUUAUU